GCAGCAGUCAUACUGCACCACUAACGUUACAGUUCCGGUUCCACCUCGCAGCAGGUCUUAAGCUACAACGACGGCGGGAAGUUGUUAUCAUCAAUUUAACUACAAAUCAACAACAACUAAACGGACGAAAUUGCUAACGAUCGACAUUUCACUAUCUCAUAUUGAUGGCUCUGUAAACGGAAAUACUCUAAUCGUAAACAAAGCUUAACGGCGUGGGGUUUAGCUAACAUGGCUAAUGUCGGAAACCAGCUACCAACGCAGGCCGUUAGCAAGCCUGCACCAGGAAAACAUGGAAAUGUAUUGCCCCUGUGGGGCAACGAAAAGACUAUGAACCUCAACCCAAUGAUUCUGACAAAUGUGCUGUCCUCGCCGUAUUUCAAAGUUCAGCUUUAUGAACUAAAGACAUACCAUGAAGUUGUGGACGAAAUCUACUUCAAGGUGACUCACGUUGAGCCCUGGGAAAAGGGGAGUAGAAAGACCGCAGGCCAGACUGGAAUGUGCGGAGGGGUGCGUGGAGUUGGGACCGGUGGUAUUGUGUCUACUGCUUUUUGUCUUCUGUACAAACUGUUCACUCUGAAGCUGACUCGCAAACAGCUGAUGGGUCUGAUCACUCACACAGACUCUCCAUACAUCAGAGCACUUGGCUUCAUGUAUAUAAGAUACACCCAGCCCCCUGCAGAUUUAAUAGAAUGGUACGAUGGCUUCCUGGAUGAUGACGAGAUGCCCAUUGUGCAGCAGGAGCUCGAUGUAAAGGCAGGAGGUGGCUGCGUGAUGACCAUUGGAGAGAUGCUGCGUUCCUUCCUGACCAAACUGGAGUGGUUCUCCACCCUGUUCCCCCGUAUUCCCGUGCCUGUGCAGAAGAUUAUUGACCAGCAGAUGAAGGCUAGGCCUCGGAAGGUUGCUCCGAAGGAGACACAGGAAGAAGACACUGCAGGCGCAGAGGCAGGGAGGCAAGGGGAACGACGCCGCUCCAGAACACCCAGACGCACACCAAGCCCCCGGAGGUCCCCCAGGUCAAGGAGCAGGAGCCACCACCGCGAGAGAGACCGCCACGGCCCCAGCUUUGACCGAGAGCUGGAGAGGGAGCGGGACCGCCAGAGGAAGGAGAGGGAGGGCAGGGACCGGGAUAGGGAGAGAGGGGACCGAGGGGACAGGGAAAGACGGCGGUCCCGAAGUGCAGACAGGAACCAAGACCGGCGAGAGCGAAGAAGAAGCCGCAGCGGCAGCCGGGACCGGAAGAGCGAACGUAGAGACAAAGAAAGAGAUGGAGGUGAUGACAGGAGCAGGAGGAAGGACAGGGAACACCAUAAAGACAGAGGUACUGAGAGGGAGAGGUCCAGGGAUAAAAAGAGCAGGGGAGAGACUGAUGACAGGAGGCAUAAAGACGACAGGGACAGGCACAGAGAAGAGAGGAAGGCCAAAAGGCCGAGUCGGAGCCGAAGCAGGGAGAAGAGGCACAAAAGUGGGGGAGAGGAGAAGAGCAGGAAAAGAGAGCGGAGUCAUAGCAGAGAUAGAGACCGGGAGAGGGACGGCGAGCAGCGUUCUCACAAACGGAGUCGUAGCAAAGAGAGGAGUCAUCAUCAGCGCGAGUCCAGUAAUGACCAUAGCAAACAUAGUGAACGCAGAAGGAGUCAGAGCACUGAGUAAAUGUCCAGCAAUAUUACUUCUUCUACUCCUGUGUUUCUCUUCCUUUUUUCAGUUGUCCGGUCUGUCACUUGUGCUAAAGAGAAGGUCGGUCAGCACAUCGGACGGUUGGAGUUGUUGUCUUUGGCCAAUGUAAUGUUGCUUUAUGUUUAUGUUAUUCUGCCUUUUUUCACUCCCCAUUAGAUCAUUGUUAGUCUUCACUUGAAAUUUCAAAAGUGAUGAAAAUGGCAUUUUAAUUUUAUAUGGUUCGUUCUUUUGCCCCAGGUGUGGGUUUGUACAUAAUGUUUUGGAGGCUGUCUACACAUGAUAAGUGGUCUGAGUUGCAUGGGUUGCUCAGCUCAACACUAUAUUCAUAUAAUUUAUGUAAUUUAUGAAGAAUAACUGUUAUUUUCACGGUGUAUAGAAGCCCAAACACUUAUUUUUCAAAACUGAUAUUACAAUGUGUGUGUCUGGGAUUUCCUCAUAUUAAAGCUUCUUAGUCAGGUCUUUUCUGAUUUGACAUGCUUUCAAGUGUCACAAAUGAACAGUUGAAGUUUAAAUUUCAGUGUGGCAGCAAUGUGGCUCAAGCCAGCGCUAAACAAUUCUGCCCGUGAUCGUGUGUAGACAGCCAGAGAAUGUUUUAAAUGUCGAAAGAACAGGCUGCAAAGGGUAAUUUUUAUCACACACACUGAGCCUUGCUUGUGCUGUGUUGGGAUUACUACUCUGUUGCAUUUUGUUUUCUAAUAAAACACUUUUACAGACAAA